UAUGGCUGCUAAUGCUGGGACCACUGCGCAUUCUUACUUCCCACUAGCGCAGGAGCGGGAAUUCUUCAAGUACCUUCCCCAUGAUACUAGUCCUGGCUCUAGUUUCAAUUUCGUGCACUGGCAGCAUGAAUGUCAGCCGUCCCGAGACACCGCCCUAGUCUCAUUCGCUCAGCUGGGUGCUUUCCGGUUAGGCGCCCAGCGAGCCCUAAUUUCGCUCUUCGACCGCGCGUACCAGCAUGUGUUGGCCGAGGCUACACCUACCUUGAGUUUAAUCGGGGGCCAUGUCCGCGAUGACCGUGACCUUUUACGACUAGGGUGCUGUUCGUUUCCCAAAGACAGAGGCCUUUGCCACCUGGUCUCCAGCUUACCGUCCCUGGAAUGCAAGGACAGGUGGGUCAUGAACGGGGCCGCCGUAGUGGUGCCGGACGUGACGGAGGAUUGGUUCGAGUCCGGUCAGCUGUUAAACGAGUUAUCUGAUGUCCGUUUCUACGCGGCCGUGCCCAUCAUCAGUCCGCGCGGUUUUGCCAUCGGCGCGUACAGCAUCUGCGACGCGACGCCACGCCCCGAGGGCAUUGAUGAACAUUCUCUGCAGUUCCUGAAGGAUAUGGCAUCUACGGUUAUGGGACACCUGGUGACGGAGCGCGAGUACCACAAUAGCCAGCAGGCCGAGCGCAUGAUUGUGGGCCUGGGCAGUUUUGUCGAGGGCAGAGCCACCCUGCGCCAUUCCUGGCGUGAGGCUAGUGCUCAGUAUGCAGCCUCGGAGCAGUCCGGUGAGACGGUCGAGGGCCAGUUGAAUAUGCGACAGCAGAAUUUGCAAGAAGCAGCCAAGGGCACUGAUCAAAAAACUUUCACGUACCGGGAUCCCAGGCGUGAGGGAGACGGUGCCUUCGCGAUGAACAACCAGGAAACAGUCAGACGCUCCAAUGGUGGUGGACCGGAUCAGUCGUCACAGAAACCCAAGCCAGCCCGGGGCGUUAUUGCUGGCGACGAGACCCCCGAGGAAGUCGUGCUGUCGACCAGCAUCAAGCAUGUCUUCUCUCGUGCGGCCAACUUAAUCCGGGAGUCUAUUGGCGCGGAAGGGGUCGUGUUUCUCGAUCCGAAUAGUGAGCGAUUUGGCGACCUGGUCUAUGAUACGAGUCGCAAAGUGACAGGAUCCGGCAAGGACACAGGGAGCAGUGACGAGGAGACCGACUCCGGCUCAUCUUCAUCAUCCCGACGCCAACCAUCCUCAACCUCGGAUGAGGAUGGGGAACCACAUGGUCCUUCGGCUUGCGUCUGUCUGGGAUCUUCCACCUCAAGGGUAUCUAGUAUCAAUAGCAACUCAACGGUGGGAUCCGGGAUCGCGGCGAAGAAAUCCCUGCUCACCUCACUGCUCCGUCGGUAUCCUCGGGGCAAAAUAUUCUCCUACAAUGCCAAUCGAGCAGUCUCAGACGACAGCGACUGCAUUUCCCAGGCUACAUCUGGAUCCGAGAAAUCGGGCACCGAGGGUAGCGCUGGCCGGACUAAGAAGCAAAAGCGACGGCCCGGCAGCAAACGAAGGCGAAAGCCCACCUUCCUACAAGACGCCGAGCAUCUUAUCAAUAUCUUUCCAGAUGCCCGGAACAUCAUGGUGUUGCCCGUGUGGGACACGGACAAGAACCGGUGCUUCGCCGUCAACCUGGUCUGGACCAACAGUCCAGAACGCGUUUUCACGACCGAGAACGAGCUCUCGUACAUCUCCGUCUUUGCAAACAGCAUCAUGACGGAAAUCCGGCGCCUCGACGCAAAGGUUGCGGACAAGGCCAAGACCAAUCUCGUCAGUAGCAUCACCCACGAGCUCCGCAACCCGCUCCAUGGCAUUCUGGGCACCUCCGAUAUCCUGAGUGAUACAGCGAUGAACGCCCUCCAGCAUGGCAUGGUCCACACCAUUGAGGCCUGCGGCCGCACUCUGCUAGACACCAUUAAUAACCUGCUCGAUUUCACGUUCAUCGACAAGUACCAGAAGAAACGAUCUCCUUUUGGUGCACGGCAGCGCGAGAAGCCAUUAUAUGCCGAUGUGCAGCUGGACCAGGUGCUCGAGGAGGUGACGGAAUGCGUCUUCGCAGGCUACAGUUUCUACAACCAUCCGCAAACACCGCCCCCAGCCUUGACUGAUUCCUCUUCGCGAGCAGCGGGUGAUGCCCCAUCGAAAUGUGCAGGCCCCGGGAGCAAUCGAGUUACGAUCAUCUUCGACAUCGACCAGGAUAGCGAAUGGGGCUUCUACACGCAUGCCGGUGCCUGGCGCCGCAUCUUGAUGAAUACCUUCGGCAAUGCCCUCAAGUACACACCAUCAGGCUUUAUCCAUAUCAGACUCACGUCCUCCCGGAGGGAGAAGAAAAAGAAGAAGCGUCUAGUCUCGGAUUCCGAGGAUGAAGCCGAGGAAUAUGAAGUGACCCUGACCGUCAAGGACACCGGCAAGGGCAUUGGCCCGGAGUAUCUGCAGAAGGACCUCUUCACCCCUUUUAGACAAGAGAAUGCGCUCGCCUCGGGGAGUGGUCUGGGUCUGAGUAUCGUCCGUCAAGCGGUGGGGUCUCUCGGAGGCUCUAUCGAGGUCAACUCAACCCAAGGUGCUGGUACCAUGAUGACUAUUCGGACUCCUCUUACCCACCACCCUGCGCCGUCGGACGCGUCGGUGUUUAAAUUGCUGCGAAGUCACGUUGAGGGAAAGUCGAUGGGCCUGCUAGGUUUCGGGUCCUCGCUACGCUCGAAGCGCGAUUCCACGUUGUGCUCGUCCCUGGAGCGGCUAUGCCGUGAAUGGUUCGGUCUUAGCGUUACCACUGUAUCUCCAGUACAAGGCGAGCACCAACCCUUCGACUUCUACCUAGCUGUUCAGACCGAGCUCGACAACGAGGACCGCGAGGGUCGCAAUCUAUUCAACUUAGGCCAGCAUCUAGCAGGCGACAACGUCGACAAGGGCUGCGGGUUUCCAGUCGUGGUAAUCUGCCAAUCUCCCGAAGAAGCGCACAACAUGUUCAUCGCGGCCAAGAGCCGCGGCAACGAAUCGCCCAUUUUCGAAUUCAUCAGUCAGCCCUGCGGGCCGCGCAAGCUAGCUAGCGCUCUUGACUUGUGCAUCAAGCGCCGGCUGGAGCAGCAAGAAGGACAGUCUAGCAACCCUGAAGAACCCACGCGUUGGGUUGAAAUGCCCGAGUCGUCUCAUCUGCCGUUGAACCUUAAUCCCAGCGAUCCGCCAGACGAGCGUAUGAGGAUUAGCAAACGGCCGACUACCGAUACCAUGGGGGAUGGGAGUCGCAGUCGCAGUGGAACUGACCCAUCGUCAGCCGGCAAGGACGAUGCGGAAGAGCGCACGACUGGAAAGUCCGUGUUGCUGGUGGAUGAUAAUGACCUCAACCUUCAGUUACUAUCCGUGUACACGAAGAAGAGCGGAUACGACUAUCUAACAGCGAAGAAUGGGUUUGAAGCCGUCGAGACAUACAAGGCCCAGCCAGGCCGGUUUGGUGUCGUUUUGAUCGACCUAUCCAUGCCCGUCAUGGACGGCUUCGAAGCCGCCCGACGAAUGCGCCGCAUUGAAAAACAGUACAAGAACAAGUCCCAGUCCGAGCCCAUCCGGCCCAUGAUCAUCGCAGCCUUGACGGGUCUGGACAGCGCGGAUGCGCAGAAAGAGGCGUUUGGGUCGGGUAUUGAUACGUUUCUUAUUAAGCCGGUUAAGAGGCCUGAGUUACAGGAGCUUUUGAGGCAGAUGGAUGUACCAUAAAUGGUGCUCAAUACUAGACGUAGACUGCUUUUCAAAAUCCAAGUAUUGAAUGUAUAUUGCUUUUCAG